CUCGGUCGGACUGUAGCGCGCCAGUAUCCCGCUCAGAAAGCACUCAGAUUCGGUUCGGUUCGGAAGCAUUUCGCGCACGCGGUUCGCGGUAUCGAAGAACCUCUUAUCGAUCAUCGACAAUUAGGCAAACCCUGCCUCAGUCAGUCAGUCAGAUAGCAUACCGACGUCGCGGCGGUGGUGGUAGCAAGUGAUUCAAUUGUCAAUAACCAAAACCGGCGAACAUUACAUCAGCGAUUGGGCAAACAUUCCGAACAGCUAAUACCUGUGGUGUGCGGGUCAUCGAUAGAAAGUGACGAAGCGUGAAGAGGGAUAUUACUAGUGUUGCGUAGAUAGCUUUCCACGAGUUUCAGGAGCGGCGUCAAUUCCCAACUGAUAAGGAACCUGGGACAACCCAACAAGUGCCGUGGCAGCGUUCUAUUCGGAGCCCAAAAGUGUGCUACUAAUAACCAAUCGGGGCGGGAUAAAAUGUGAGUGUGAUCAAUAAAAGCUGGGUGACAAAGUCGUUUGGCGUUAUCUUUGCGUGAAGGCUUCGCAAAGUGUGUGUCAACAAGCGACCCAACCUAAGGCCUGGAUACGUACGCACGGAACCCGGUGGACUUAUCUCGAAACGCAAACAGUUGCCCAAUUACACAAUAUUAUUCGUAAGAAUGGUUGCUCAGCGAGUGACGACAGCGGUGAUGGUGUUAACAGUGAUUACGGUGGGGUUGCUCCUGGCCUCGAAAGUCCGGGCACUACCAUCAGCAAUCCUCCUGGAAGGAAGCGGAGACUACGAUUACGAUUACAGUUCAGAACCGGUUAGUGCCAGUAAACCGCUUAUGAAAGUUUCUAGUGACGAUGAUGUGUUAGAUCCAAUUGAAGACACUUCCUAUCCGGAAGAUGACGACGAAUACGGGACACCCUUGAACAUAUCCGUGGCUAAGCCACCGCUGGAGAUAGUGGUUCCAGAGGUGGACAGUGACAGCGAACCAUCUUCGCUAGGGUCCACGGAAGAAAGUGCAACUAAUCUGGUGGAAACGCCAGUUCGUUUCGGGUUGUUGGAAACGUUCGAAUCGGAUGAAAGUGCUAAAUUGAACACAACCGUAACAGUGGAUCACAUCCAACUGGCCAAUGCGCCACGAGGAGAUCUGGCCGUCACACCGGCGCCGGAUUGUCGAGGAUUCCAGAAACUGCCGACUCAGCCCCGGUUCAUCAACGGCACGUUCAACGUAAUCAGAAUGUGCUGUCCACCGGGCGAGAGCUUCCUCUUCGGCGAUAAGAAUCGACCGGUGCACUGCGCGCCUUCGCCCGGGGCGGCCUGGGAUUCCUUCCAGGUGGAGGCCAUCAUCGCUCGGUUCUUCCAUGGGUGCAUCGAAGAUCUGGAAGAGGAGUCACCCCCGUUGGGGAUGGUUUACGGGAAUCCGUGCCCGACCGAGGGUGGUCUGAUACGGUUCGGAGCUGAGGAGAGUGAUCGGUUGUACGUGAUACAGAAUGGGUCGUUGUUGGUGGUUAACGAAUUGGCCGAAGAGUACGACCUUUUCAAUAGCUACUGCCUGGAUGUGGAUAGAGUUAAUAGGACGCUGAAUGGUUACGUGUGUCCUUCGGAGUUCCGGAUUGGGCGGGACAUUUUCAAGGGGCAGAUGAUGGCGUUGGCGCUAUGCUUGGUGUUUGCCAUUCCAUUGCUGUUGGCUACGGCGUUCUUCUAUGUGGCUAUUCCGGAGUUCAACGACAUUCAUGGAAAGGCACUGACGCUGAAUUGCAUCAACUUUGCCGUUGCAUUGCUGCUGGAGAGUAUUUUUCAACACCAGAGUCGGGGGAAUGGAUCUACUGAUGAUACAAUCGUAAUGGCAAACUAUGCGGAGUACUUUAUUCUGGCAACAUUCUUCUGGCUUUUGGUGAACUGCAUGAACAACUGUGUUCAUGCUUGGUACUUUUUGCCAAACGGAAUUCAAGUACGAAUGAGAGGCGAAAAGCGGACUUUCCUUCUGUACAUCACCUUCGCACAAAUGGCACCCUUGGCAAUCAUCUUAUUACACGCGCACUCUGGGGAUACCACCUCCCUGAAGCACUACUUCUUCCUGCCGAUCAUUGUGAUCAUAGCGUUGAACAUCAUCAGCUUCUUCAUCACGUUCUGGGGCUUCCAGCGAGUCAGUGACAUCCAAAUUCAGCACUUCACCCUCCGGGGUCGACUCAGCAAUGGAGGCGAAGCAGCGAACGCCAUCCUGGCCAAACUGCCCGACAUCCACACGGCCGACGUCGAAAAGGUCAAAUACAUGGCCAAAUACACCGCGUUGCUGUUCAUGGUCAUGUCCGGGGUGUGGGUCAUCACGAUAGCCACCUACUACACAACCCGAACCAUUCCGAUCCUGUACGACAUCCUGUUCGGGUUGCAGGGAAUUCUGAUCUUCAUCAUCUUCAUCUGUUUACCCCGGCCGUUCCGGACGGUGAAGGCAUGGUUCCAGAAGCGGGAACUGUGCGGAUGCCGGGAAGAUCCGGAUGCCAUAGAUUUGCGACGGGGACGAGGCGCCCGGCAUUACCGGGUUGAUGGUGGUAGUCACGCUGCCAAUGGCAAAGAAACUGUUCCGCUGAAUAAUGCUAAGGCUUCCUAAGUUGGUGAUGCGGGGAAGGGUUUCUCCAAGCUUCGAAUUUCAGUAUUUAGGUUAUAGGUUAUUUAUAGAUGAUAUCAGAGUUAAUGUUUUAUUUUAAGACUUUAAAUGUUGAUCAUCAGUGGUUUUAACGUCUAGUUGAUAGGCUUACAGAUUGUCUUAAUCAAAUCAUGCCAUGCACUUUUAUCCAUGUUCAAGUAAGUAAGACAAUUCUUCUCAUUAUUUCAUUCAUAACCUUAAAAAAGUGUUACGCUGACGCUUAAAAAUGUUCAAAUAAUGUUACAAUGCCUCGUCAUAUGUCGAAUAAAUAGUGCUAUUAUGAUGAAA